AUGCAUAGUUUGAAAGAAGAUUUCCAAAAGGUUACCCAGUCUACAAGUCUGAGUGAGUUUCAGCAAACUCCGUAUGGGCCACACCCCAGUGACUUCUUAUCUAAUGUCAACAAGUUUGAACUGAUUGACUCAACUUUGAGAGAAGGUGAACAAUUUGCAAACGCCUUUUUUAGUACUGAAAAGAAGAUUGAAAUUGCGAAGGCUCUCGAUGAUUUUGGUGUUGAAUAUAUUGAGUUGACAUCGCCAGUGGCUUCUGAACAGUCCAGAAAGGACUGUGAAGCCAUUUGCAAGCUAAAUUUAAAAGCUAAAAUUUUGACUCAUAUCCGUUGUCAUAUGGAUGAUGCUAGGGUAGCUGUCGAGACCGGAGUUGACGGUGUCGAUGUGGUUAUUGGAACAUCUAAGUUCCUAAGACAAUAUUCGCAUGGCAAAGACAUGAACUACAUUGCCAACAGUGCCAUUGAAGUGAUUGAGUUUGUCAAGUCUAAAGGCAUUGAGAUUCGUUUUUCGUCCGAAGACUCAUUCAGGUCCGAUUUGGUUGAUCUUUUGAACAUUUACAAGACCGUUGACAAGAUUGGUGUCAAUAGGGUUGGUAUUGCUGACACAGUUGGUUGUGCAAAUCCAAGACAAGUUUAUGAAUUGGUUAGAACGUUAAAAUCCGUGGUGUCAUGUGAUGUGGAAUGUCAUUUCCAUAAUGACACUGGAUGUGCUAUCGCUAACGCGUACACAGCAUUGGAGGGUGGUGCCAAGCUGGUCGAUGUGUCGGUACUUGGUAUUGGUGAACGGAAUGGGAUUACACCUUUGGGUGGAUUGCUUGCUCGUAUGAUCGUGUCAUGCCCCGAUUACGUCAAAUCUAAGUACAAGUUGCAUAAACUCAGAGAUAUUGAGACCCUUGUUGCUAAUGCUGUGGAGGUAAAUAUACCGUUCAACAACCCUAUUACAGGUUUCUGUGCAUUUACCCACAAGGCAGGUAUCCACGCUAAAGCUAUUUUGGCUAAUCCUUCCACAUAUGAGAUUUUAAAUCCUCAUGAUUUUGGUAUGACUAGAUAUAUUCAUUUUGCUAACAGGCUGACUGGCUGGAAUGCGAUUAAAUCACGUGUAGAUCAAUUGAAUCUCGAAUUCACUGAUGACCAAGUCAAGGAUAUAACUGCAAAGAUUAAGAAGCUCGGUGAUGUUAGACCUCUAAAUAUUGAUGAUGUUGAUUCACUUAUCAAGGACUACUACCAUACCGUUGUGAUAUCUAGCGAGGAGGGUUCUGAAGAUGGUGAAACCACAGCUAUUGAAUCUGCAGCCUCAACAGCAGCAGCCUAG